GGCCCUUCUGGUAAGAUGAAGUUCAUCUUCUUCAGCCUUUCUCUGCUCCUCCUUCUGGAGAAGAAAGCAGCCGGGAUAGAACUCUAUGCAGGUGGACCAAAAGGACACUUCCUAGUCAAAACAUCCCCACUCAUGUUUAUUGGAAAAAGCCAGUUCCUCUAUGGGCACAAAGAAGAACAGGAAGAGGCACCUGAAGAAAGCAUCUUUGUGCAAACUAAGCACCAUGCCUAUGGCCAGGAUGCCGAUGCGGACAUGGGAGAGGCUCUCAGUUCACAGGAACUGACAAGUUUAAAGGAAGACAUAGUUUGUGAUGAAGAAGAUGAGCUUGCCCAACAAAAAUCCCAACUGCAAUCCCAGUCACAAAUAAAAUCCCAAACCCAAGUAAAAUCCUAUGCAGCCCAACCGAAGUCCCAACCUGGCCAGCUGAAGACCACAGGGCAGGCGAAGUCACAAACCAUGCUGAAAUCCCACAGAGCCCCUCUGAAGUCCUACAAAGCACGCCUUCAUCCCCGAGAAGACGUUCCUCAGCAAACCAAGGGCAGAGGCUAUGGCCUGGGGGAAGACCUGGUCCAAGUGCGUCAACAGCCAGCAAAGGUUCACAGGCUCAAAAGACAGCACAGCCGGUCCAGGGAAACAGCAGCAUUCUUCCCACAGUUCAGACACCGCUCUCGACCCUAUCCUAGGUACUCUGUGCAAUUUCAAGAGCAGCUACAGGGCAGUGUUCAUCACACAAAAUCUUUCUACCCAGGUCCCGGGAUGUGCUACUGUCCAAGAGGAGGGCUAAUUCUAUACCAAGAUGCCUUCACUGGAUAGGACAUGCAUUAACCUCUCAAGAGUUAAGACACAUUUAGAGGAGUCCACCUGUGUGGACUGUGAUGUCCUGAAGAUGCUGACCACCCUGAAGUCCUCAACACCUUGCACGGAUGCCGUGAUCCACUCAUACAUUCCUUCCUGAGACUUUCUAAUGUUGGAGCAACCUCACGCGGCUGCUCUCUAAUAAACCGAGCCUUCCUGACAUCAGUUGCCUUUUUUAAAAAAAAUGUUUUUUUCAGUUGAAAUAGGAUUAUAUUACUUUCCCCUGCUCUUUUUCUCUCCAACCCCUCUCCCUUACCCUUUUCCAUCUUCUCUCAUGCCUCCCAACUCUCAAGUUCAUAUCAUCUUUGUCUUUUAGUGUUGUUUUUAGAUACGUAUAUAUGUAUGUGUAUUCACAAAUAUAUAAAUACAUCUCGCUGAGUCU